CUCCCCGCGGCUCGGCUGCCUGCUCCGCAAUGGGCGCCGCCGCGGUCGCGGCGGGGUAGUUGUUCGAGCUCCUCCUUUUCCUCCUCCUCUAUCUCCUCCUCCUCAGGGCCCCAGUCAGGCCGAUCCGCUCCGCUCACGUUCAAGUUGAAGAUCCCCAGCUACUGCAACCUGAAAGGGUAGAAGUAAAGUUUUUCCUCCCAACACAGACCACAAAGAUGAUGUCUUCAGUCUUCUAUGCCUUUCAUUUUUUUGAAAGAAAAUCUGAUUGAGCUCACCAAUUUGGAGGAUUGAUUUGCCUUUAGUGGAAGAAAAAAAAUCCUUUCCUUUAUCCUUAGGUUAAGUGCCUAGGACCUGCAAAUUAACAGAAGAAAAGGAAGGAGAACAUAUAUAACUUGGUGCAUUGUCUGGAAUCACAUGGUAAGUCAAAAAUGGCAGAACUCUUUAUGGAAUGUGAAGAAGAAGAGUUGGAACCCUGGCAGAAGAAAGUAAAAGAGGUUGAGGAUGAUGAUGAUGAUGAGCCGAUCUUUGUUGGAGAGAUAUCAAGUUCAAAACCAGCAAUUUCAAAUAUUUUAAAUAGAGUAAACCCCAGCUCAUAUUCAAGAGGAAUAAAGAAUGGCGCACUCAGUCGGGGUAUUACUGCUGCAUUCAAGCCUACAAGUCAACACUACACGAACCCAACAUCAAAUCCAGUGGCUGCCUCGCCAGUAAAUUUUCAUCCUGAAUCUAGAUCUUCAGAUAAUUCUGUUAUUGUUCAGCCUUUGUCUAAACCUGGUUACAUAACAAACUCAUCACGAGUUGCAUCUAGUAAUUCUACAGAGUUGCUGUUUGACUUGACCCAGGAUACAGGAUUAUCACAUUACCAAGGGGGACCGACACUUUGUAUAACAGGUAUGAAUGAAAGUUCGUUAUUUCCAAAACGUCCGUGUACUUCUGAAGUAAUCAGUGUUAAUCCAAAAAAGUCUAAGCCCAGUGAAAGUGUUUCUGGAGCAAAUUCCUCAGCUGUAUUUCCUUCAGCUAAGUCUCUUUCAGUGACAUCUCCCCAAGCUGUGUCAUCAAAAGGUACAAAUAACUCAUCAAAUCAAUCUAAAAAUGGAACACCUUUUCCAAGAGCUUGUCCAAAGUGCAAUAUUCAUUUCAAUCUUUUGGAUCCUUUGAAAAACCACAUGAAGUACUGUUGUCCAGACAUGAUAAAUAACUUUUUGGGACUGCCUAAAACUGAAAUUUCAAGUACAGCAAAUAAAGAUAACACUAUUGAUUCAGAGCAAGGAAAAUUGAUCAUGUUGGUUAAUGACUUUUAUUAUGGAAAACAUGAAGGAGAUGUCCAAGAAGAACAGAAGACUCACACCACCUUUAAAUGCUUCAGUUGCUUGAAAAUUCUUAAAAAUAAUAUUAGGUUUAUGAACCACAUGAAACACCACUUGGAACUUGAGAAGCAGAGCAGUGAAAGCUGGGAAAACCACACCACCUGCCAGCACUGCUACCGUCAGUUUCCCACACCAUUUCAACUGCAAUGUCACAUUGAAAGUACACACACACCCCAUGAAUUUUCUACCAUUUGCAAAAUCUGUGAAUUAUCAUUUGAAACAGAGCAUAUUCUUUUACAACAUAUGAAGGACAAUCAUAAACCCGGUGAAAUGCCCUAUAUUUGCCAGGUUUGCAAUUUUAGAUCGUCAUCAUUUUCUGAUGUAGAAACUCAUUUUAGAUCAUCCCAUGAAAACACUAAGAACUUGCUAUGUCCAUUUUGCCUCAAAGUUAUUAAAAUUGCCACACCCUAUAUGCAUCAUUAUAUGAAGCAUCAGAAAAAAGGAAUACAUCGUUGUACAAAAUGCAGACUGCAAUUUUUGACAUGCAAAGAGAAAAUGGAUCACAAGACUCAGCAUCAUCGAACAUUUAUAAAACCUAAAGAGCUAGAAGGGCUACCUCCUGGAACAAAAGUUACUAUUCGAGCUUCAGUUGGACCUCUUCAAUCAGGAUCUUCAACUGUACCUUCCAUUAGUACAAACACUUCUACCCUUCAGGCCUCACCUCCGAGAACAAAAUGUGUAACUGCUAAAAAUCCCACAAAAUCUAACACAAAUAAAUUUACUACAACUAAAUCUAAUGCAAGUAAACCUACUACAAGUAAGCCUAAUGGAAGUAAAUCUAAAUUCAAAUCAAAAGUCUCUAAUAUGCAGAAAAAACAAAGCACUUUGGCUAGUAGCAACAGAAAAAGUAAAGUCAAUACAGCAUUGAGGAGCUUAAGGUAUCGUCGGGGAAUUCAAAGGUGCAUUGAGUGUUUUUCCGAAAUAAAAGAUCUUUCAAAUCACUUUCCUACAUAUGUCCACUGUAGUUUUUGCAGAUACAACACUAGCUGUAGCAAAGCCUAUGUGAAUCAUAUGAUGAGCUUUCACAGUAACCGCCCAAGUAAAAGGUUUUGUAUUUUUAAGGAGCAUUCAAGAAAUCUCAGCUUUGAGCGGAGCCCAGAUCCUGGCAACCCAGGCUCCCAGCCCCUCCUUGAGCAGAGGCCACUGUUGGCUGGAAGCAGGGGCAUUACUCUGGUGUGCCUUGAUUGUGAUUUCCUAGCUGAUGUUUCUGGCUUUGAUAAUAUGGCUGCACACUUGAGUCAGCAGGAAACUCAUACUUGUCAAGUUGUAGUAGAGAAAGUUUCUGCUCGGAUUCCAACUUCUGAACAUCUUUCUGAAUUAAAAAAUGAAGCUCCCACUAAGGAACAAAAACCUGUGUCUGAGGAAAUUGCAAGACCUAAUAAGGCUGAAGGAGAAACAGAAACAUCAAAUUCUGAAAGUAAACAUGAUAAAGCUUCUUCAGAGGAAAAAAGUGGAUGUGAUGCAAAUGCAUUUGAAGGCUCAUCAGCAACAAAAAGUGAAGAAAGCACAAUAAUUUCAGAUAAGGAAAACAAUACCUGCCUGGAAGACAAAGAAACUAGCUCAAAGACUAUCUUCAGUUAUGUUUCAAAUAUUGGUAAAGAUAAAGUGGAAAAGGAAAACCAAAUAGAGACCAUUGAUCAGGAAACGGAGUUGAAGAUGUGCCAAAGUUCAGAAAACAUAACUUCAUGUGAUCAGAUUAAAGAUCAAAGCUCCAGUGAAGCUAGGUUUUCUUCAAAGAAUAUUAAGGAUUUGCAGUUAGCAUCUGGUGAUGUGAGCAUUGAUCAGUUUUUGAGAAAAAGAGAUGAACCUGAAUCUGUUAGUUCUGAUGUCAGUGAGCAAGGCAGUAUUCAUCUGGAACCUUUGACUCCAUCGGAGGUACUUGAGUAUGAAGCCACAGAAAUUCUUCAGAAAGGUAGUGGUGAUUCUUCAGCCAAGUCUGAUGAAGUAGUGUCUGAUCAAAAAGAUGAUGUUCCUGAAGAAAAUAGCCCUAGCACAACAGAGACAACAGUAGACCUGGCAGAUGAAAAAGAAAGAAGUUGAAAUUAGUUGUCAUUCUCAGUUUUAGUGUAUCAGUGGUAAGAGCAUUCAGAUCAGUGCUACCAGGUGAGCUCAGUGGUGCUGUUGUAAAGUUCAGAAAUAGAAAAAUGUGAGGAGGUCAUUUAUACACUUUAUCUGUAUGUUCAACCUAGGUCAUUACAGAAAUCAGUUGAAUAAUAGCAUGAUUAGUAUGAAUUUCCAAGAGGUUUUAAAACAUAAAUAGAAAAGCUUCAUUUAACAGUUCUCAAGGAAAUGCAAGUUGGUUGCCAGUAUGAAUUGAUUAUUAGAAUAUUAUUUAUGUUUAUAAAGCAGUGAAACUUCCAUCAAUCCUAAGCUAAAAAUCCUUAUUACCUUUAUAUUCUUCUCAAUUAACUUAAAAGAAGAAAUUUGGAAACCAUAUAUCUUUUGGGAAUUUUUAGAUAAUGGCUAAUUGGCAUUGUUAAUAAAGCUUUAUUUGGAGUAUGAUGCUGGUAAAUGUGUAGAGUGUGAAAUUAAUGAAUCUAUUGAGAAUUUUGAUACACAUAAACUUAAUUUUGGAUGUAAUGUAACAUUCCAGACUGUCAGAAGCAUGUAAACAGAAUAUUUGAAUCUGUGUACCUCCAUACAUGUGUUAGUCUGCCAGGCUAUAAGCUUACCUUAAACUUUCAGUGAAAGUGAAAUUAUUAAAACAUAAAUUUAUAUUUGUGUUUUUUGUCAGUGUGAGCUGUGUAGAAAUCCCUCGAUGUACUAGUUGUAUAAAGUAGAAACCCACUGUUAAAACUCCUGUAGUUAUUAUGUUUUUAACAUUGUUUUAAUGAUCUUUAGAAAUAGACCCAUAAAAAUGGUCUGGAAACCAAACCAAAGUAUGGAAUAAUGUAGAUAUUGUAAAGCCGCCAACUGAAAACAUGUCCUGGCAUGAAUCCAGCCAUGUUUAAGUGACGUUUUCUUUAAUUGUAAAAUAGAAACUUCAAAUGGGUCCUAAAGCAGUGAUGUAAAAAAUUGUUUUGGGGAUAUUUAGUCUAAUUUAUCCAUAAGAUGGCUGCUAAGUUGAUUUCUCAGUUGUUUUUAAUCAUCUAGAAAUAAUAGAUUUAGAAAUGAGUAAAUGAACAACCAUAGUUUGCUUUGAAGUACUAAUAAACUUUUAUUUAAAAUGCUACAUUUUUACUUCUUAAAAUGUGCUUUGAAUCCUUAAAUUUUGUUUCACUGAAUGUUAAAUGUUUUAAAUGUCUGUUAAAAUCCUGAUGUAUAUAGUAGUUUUUGAGUAAAUAUUUGCAAUAAAAAUAUGUACCUGAAUAA